AUGGCAGACCUCUUACCUAAUAAAGCACUGGACUCGCUCUCAGAGGGUGAAGAUUUCAGCAAUGUGCCCAUGCUGACACCACAACAAAACAAUCAAGCUUUGCCACACAGGCAGACUGAACCCCAAAUGGCCACCAAGGUGGACCUCUCGGGCAUGGUAUCCGAUCUCAAAGCCUUCUUCACAUCAGAGCUUGCGGUGCUUAAGGAAGAACUGGGCACGCUGACAGGCCGGAUAAGGGUCACGGAGGACCAAGUCCAUGACCUGCGAGUCAAACAAGAUUCCACAACAAAACAAGUGCUGGAGAUCUCCACCAC